AUGAGACAUACCGAUUAUUAUGAAGUUCUUGGUGUCGAAUCGACCGCCAGCGAAAAUGAAAUCAAAAAGGCGAUGAAAUAUCAUCCAGACAAAAAUCCGGAUGAAGCAGCCUCAGAAAAAUUCAAGGAAAUUAGCCAUGCAUAUGAAAUCUUGUGUGAUUCAGAGAAACGUGAAAUAUACGAUCGAUAUGGUGAAGAUGGACUCUCUGGUGGCGGAGGUAAUGCUAUGUCUCCAGAAGAUUUGUUUGCAAGCUUAUUUAGUUUUGGUGGUAGUGGUGGACAUUCAAGGCAAAGGAGAGGCAAAGAUAUUAUCAAACCAUUCAGUGUCACUCUUGAAGAUCUUUAUAAUGGCAAAACGACCAGGAUUUCGCUGCAGAGAGACGUCGUAUGCUCAUUAUGUCAUGGAAAGGGCAGUAAAUCUGGUGCAACUAAAAAAUGUCAUAGUUGUGAGGGUCGUGGUGUUAAAGUAGCUAUGCGACAAAUUGGACCUGGCAUGAUUCAGAGGAUAAACACAGUUUGUGCAAAUUGCAACGGUACAGGCGGAAUAAUUAGAGAGAAAGAUAAAUGUAAAAAGUGUAAGGGCCUUAAGGUUGUGGAAGAAAAAAAGAAAUUAGACAUCUAUAUCGAAAAAGGAAUGCAAAACAAUCAAAGAAUUGUUAUGCAAGGUGAGGCAGAUCAGGAGCCUGGAGUUGAAACAGGAGAUGUAAUUCUUGUUCUCGAGCAAAAACCUCAUGAUAAAUUUGAGCGCCAGGGGGAUGAUUUACUUACAGAAGUUAAUAUCUCUAUUACGGAAGCACUUUGUGGAUUCUCAAAAGUUCUUGUUACACAUUUGGACGGACGCGGAUUGAUUAUAAAUCAUCCUCCGGGAGAAGUAAUAAAGCCAGGUGCCAUCAAAUGCAUAGCUAAUGAGGGUAUGCCUCAUUAUAAGAGACCAUUCGAUAAGGGCAAUUUAUAUGUGAAAUUCAAUGUAGAAUUUCCACCUUCUUUAUGGAUUGAUCCAGAACAAUUAAAGAAACUGGAAGAAUUUUUGCCAACUCGCACAGAAGAAGAUCCGUCAACGCGCCCAGAGAUUUCCGAUGAAGUGCACUUAACGGAUGGAGACUUCACUGAGACUGGAUCACGAAAUCAUGUCAUUAUAUAG